GGGGGGAAUAAAACUAGAGUUACCCUUGAGAUCUCUGUUUAUGUAAUAACUGGACUGCUGCAAGGUGUCUGUGAAGGGAAGAAAAAACCUUUCAGGAAAUUACGAGUAAACUGGACAAGAUAGACAAGAGGCUCCUGGUUUGCUGCUGGUAACCCUAAGCUGAAACAGGGCCUUAAAGAAGGGUGGAGGCAACAGGCAGCAGCUGGGACUUGUCACUUUAUACUCAGUACCAGAGUGGGACGAGGGCACCUGAACACAGGCUGUGAAAGAGGGUAGUGGAGUCUGAGUGAGAGUAGACCAAACACAGGGGAACAAGGACGCCUGUGCAGCAACAGCAGCCGCGGCAAAGGCCAACGUAGGACUUAGGAGAUACUUUCACCCCCUUGAGGCAGGGGGAUCACAGCGUUGUGUCUCUAGAGACUGUGGACAGUUUUCCAAGUUCUUGGUAACAGGAUCUGUUUGAAAGAGAGACUGCACAAUGGAUAAGGAUGCUCUCCUGGACUACGAGUAUCCGGAUCUGGAUCCGCUGCCAACCAAAAUGGAACCAGAAACUAUCCCACCAUGUAACCCUACGGCAGAUGACAUGCUCUAUCAUAUAUCCAUCACAGCAAUUUCAUUGGCCAUAAUGCUAAUUCUAGCCAUCCUGGCCAGACGUAGAAAGGCGGGCAACAGACAGAAAGGGCUCCCCGGUUUACUUAGUCCGGUCAACUUCCUGGACCAUACGCAGCACAAGGGUCUGGCAGUGGCUGUGUUUGGUGUGCUGUUGUGCAAACUGUGGGGGCUGCUGGUAUCCCCAAAUCCUCUCCCUUUCACUACAGACUCCACAAACAAACAGAACUGGGUGAUCCUGGGAGUCUUCUACUACCCCGCUCUAUACUACCCUCUCCUGGCAUGUGGCACUUUACAUAAUAAAGUUGGCUAUGUUCUUGGCAGCUUCUUAUCAUGGACACACUUUAGUGUUUUGGUGUGGCAAAAAAUUGACUGUCCCAAAACACCUUUGAUACACAAGCACUACUCCCUCUUUUCCAGCCUGCCUCAGAUAUGCUGCUUAGCAUUCCUCAGUUUCCAGUAUCCCCUGCUUCUAUUCAAGGGCUUCAAUGGUGCUGAAAGGACCAACACUACCGAGGAUCUCAGUAGCAGCUAUUAUAGAGACUAUGUAAAGAAAAUUCUUUUUGAGAAGAAGCCCAGCAAAGUCAGCACAUCAAGCACAGACAGACCAAAACUAACACAGCGGAUAAUCGAUGCUGUGAAAUCUUAUAUUUAUACACCAGAGGAAGCUUUCCGUUUCCCACUGAAGUUGACAAUAUCUUGUGUAGUAUGUUUUAUUACUCUGUAUCAGAUGGGUCUUGUAUUAAUAUCUGCUGUGGUGCCAACAAUGCAGAAAGCCCGCUUCGGUGUCGAUGAAGAUAUUGCAAAUGUUUUAGCUGGCUUCCAAAUUAUUCUGUCUCCAGACAGAAAGGAGGUUGUCAGAAUUGUUGUUUACUACAUGUGGUGUGUGGAAGUCUGCUACAUCUCAGCGAUGACGCUGUCUUGUUUGGUGAACUUGGUUCUGCUAAUGCGGUCGAUGGUUUUGCAUCGGUCUAAUCUGAAGGGGCUGUACCGAGGAGAUAUUUACAAUGUUUACAACUGCCAGCGAAGCAUCAGGGCAUCUAGGCCAGCUUUGGUCUGCUGGAUGGGUUACACCAGCUUCACAGCCGCUCACAUUUGCAUUGGUAUGAUCAUCCAGACUUUAGUGUUCUUCCUCUGCCUCAUGAUCGCAGUCUUCCUCAUCAUCAUACCCAUUUUGUACAGACAGAAUCUGAUUCUUUUCCAGAUCCUGUUAAGCAUGUGGCCUUUCUGGUUGAUGAUUCUCCUAGCUGUGGUGCUUCAACACAUCACUGCAAGGUUUUGCUUCAUCGAGAAAACAGCAGGCACUCGAGACUUAAACAACAGGGGUAAUCUCUUCCUGCUGACAUAUCUGCUGUUUCCUGUCAAUGUUUUGAUUGGAGUGUUGCUUGCUGUCUGGCGCAUGAUCAUCACAGCCCUGUUCAAUAUUGUCCACAUGGGACGCAUGGAUAUCAGCCUUCUUAACCGCAAUGUGGAGGCUUUUGACCCUGCCUACCGCUGCUAUGCUCAUUAUCUGAAGAUUGAGGUAAGCCAGUCUCACCCUGUGAUGAAGGCCUUCUGCGGGAUGCUGCUUCAGUCUUUGGACCAGGAGAACAAAGCUGUACAGGCGGCGAGGGAUGCUGAAGAGGGGAUUCAGCUGGUUCAGCAAGAGAAGAAAUUGCACAAAGUCUCCAGCUCCAAACGGGCUCGGAUGCACUGGCAGCUGCUGUACACUCUGGUCAACAACCCCUCCCUGGUGAGCACCAGAAAGCACUUCCAGCUACAGACAGGAGAUAAUUUCUUGAACGGAAGCCUGAACCGCAGCAGCAAGCAGGGCAGCAAAAAGGAACCAAUACCCAAGGAUGAAGAAGCGGCAACCAGCGACUGAACCAGAGUCUUUGACCCUAGUAAUGUAGUGGCUUCAGAAGUUGCAAUAAUUGGGGUCAAAUCCUACUGUGAGAAUUCUCAAAACCUACAAUAGAUGUCUGGAACUUGCAUUAUACGCUGCCUUGCAUUAAGUAUUGCUAUCCCUUGAAAUGUUUCACAUUUUGUCACCUUUCAACCACAAAACUCAGAGUAUUUUAUUGGGGUUAUAUUUGACAAAGCAACAUUUAGUAAUAAUAUAUGUGAAAUGCAAUUUAAAAAAGUUUAUUCCUAGUAUAAACAAACACAACUCGUAAAAUGGGACAUGUAUCUGUAGUCAUUUAAUUUUACUUUGAGCUUUCUUCAGAGGUCAUUCAGUUUAUAGGAUCUACAGUUUUAAUUUUCAGUUCAAUUGUGGAGAAGCUAAAAUCUGAGUUGGACAAUAAAAUAUAACCCUAAACUCUUUGCAUCUGAACCGUGAAGCCUUUGAUUACAAAGAUAAAGGGCAUGGUCAAUGGUUGAACUACAUCUAAGAGGAUGUGGCCAUCCAUAUAAACUAUAUGGACAAGGGGAGAAUUGAUCAGAAAAGCAACAUAGAGUUAUUUAGGAAAUAUGGGGGAGCUGCAGAGAAAAAGGAUUCAGGUGGAAGAUUUUAUUAUCAGUAUAACUAUAGCAGGAUUCCCAAGCUAUCUAAGG